AUGGCCUGCAGUCCGCUGCGACAUAGGCAACCAUGUUGUGGGGUGAAAGGAGCGGCGUUGCGUGUGCGACGCGACAUUUGGGGCAACUCAUAUCUGUUCAGCCGCGGCUCUUGCGCCCGUCCGGUGUGGCACACUGUAGGUUUAAUUUGUGCAUACACCGAUGUACGCGGUUUUCAAGCGAUCUUCGUUAUUAAUAACAAGUUUUUUGUACGAAAAAGUGAACUAAUUUGAAAAAAAACAAUGGGAACAUUCAAUGACGGCUGGCUUGGGACAGCGAACAGGCGGUUUAAUUUUCGCGGCGGUAGAUCAUGGAGACACGGCGUUCUGCGUAGUGGAAGAAAAUGUAAAAAUUUUGAAAAUGCGGAGCGGCUUUGAAAGGUUGCUCCACCUAGAGUUACGGUAGACAGCUUGCGCGCGAACAUUUGAAUUUCUUGUUGCUCAAGUGCUUCAGGUGAUUUUUCAUGUUUAUUUCUGUUGUAUCUUUAUCUGUUUUGUUCUGAUUUACGGUAAUUAUUUUUUAUUGCGACAGCAAAAUGCGAAGGAACUUUUUCAAUUUUCAAUGUUAACUGCUGGGUUUUUGACAAAAUUUCCCCUUUAAAGCAAAAAGCCUUUCAUACACAUUUUCAGUGUCAAAUUAAAUUUUUUAUUCGAAUCAAUCAAUCUCUUCAUUUUCGCAACAUCAGAAUGGUAUGGCGAUGUUGCAGAGGAGAAAAAGUACCACUAAGUGGAUGAACUAAACUAAAUCUGUGAAGAAAACUUUUUUUUUAAUUUUUAAUAUGUGCGGAAAGACACAUAACCACAAUAAGUCCUUUUCGGCACAAAAAUUUCACGUUUUUUUCACUGAAAAAAAGGACUAUAACUAAUUUUGAGGGUGAAAGGUAUAAAAAGUGUUCAGAAAAAUAAGAAAAAAACUUUCACCCAAAUGUUUUUUUGUCAACUAGAAAAAGGAAUUGUUAAAGGAUCGAUUUUUUUUCAAGUCUGUAAUUUUGAGAAAAAAACGCUAUUUUUUUCGAGGAAAAAAAUUAUUUUCGAAUUUAAUGAGUAUGCAAGUUAGCGUCGCUCUGUGUAUGCACCAAAGACGUCAAAUAUUACGGAAAUUGUGGGAGGGGCGUCGUCAAAAGAACGCCGUGGAGACUAUCAAUGCGCCUUCCACAAAAUGCUGGUUUUAUGACUUAUUUCUUUUUAUUUUGUAUUCCGUUGAUUAAAAGAAAAUCUGAAAACUAAUGAAAUUAAUGUAAACGAAAAAGUACAUUCAAUUGAAACAAAAGUAAUUCAUCAAAGGAGGCUCUUAUUGAAGGCUCAUGUAUGGCCGCCAUGAUCUACCAUCGCCGCGCAAGUUAAACCGCCCGUUCGCUGUCCCAAGCCAGCCGUGAACGGGCUAUACAAUCUAACGAGUAAGUUUUAACAUAUAAAUUUUUGCAAAAACCAGCCUUUAAAAAUGCCCCAAUAGGCGAAUGUGCCCGUAGUGAGUGAAAAGAAUUUUGUUUCUGCAAUUUUUUUAUCUAUUAACAUCGGAAAUAGCCUUGCUCAUUUGAUAAAAAAAAAUGAUCGAAAAUAGUCUAGUAUGGCCAGCGGAGACGGCGCAGUGAAAACCGGACAGUUCCCUGUAGCUCUGAACUUGUGUGACGUCUUUCAACAUUUCUCAAAAGCGCCAAACUUUCGCGUUUUCUAAAAUACCCCCGAGAAUGACAAAGAAUUUUCGCAACCAUUUUUUUUUGUAGACCGCGUUCAAAUCUAAUUGACGUGCUUUGCUAAACAGUUUUUCUCGAACAAAAGUAGAGCCUGUUCAGAUUUUGAAUUUCAAGUCGUCGCUGAAGCUCCGCCCCUAAUGGUACGAUAAACAAAUCAGAGAGCGAGCCAUUCACAGAGUGUUUUUGAAUGACUUCAUUGCACUUGAAAUUAAAAAUCUGAACAGACUAUACGAGCCAAAAAGGAGGGAAACGCGGAUUCUCACAGCGUCUUCUCGUUGAUUGUGGUGUUCCUCCAUGGAGCAAAGAGGAUCGGAUCCAGAAAAUACAAAGGUACAUGAAAAGGCGAUGAGAUCAGCAGGCAAAAUUGGCGCGCUAAUGCACUCGUGGAGCGGUUAUUCCAUCGCGUUUUCCGGGCAAUUCGGCGGCGAUUCAGACAAGAAAGUGGCGAGUGACCGACGCCGUUUCCCACGCUUCGGCAGCUCUCGUAUACUUUUUCUUUUUGGGUUUCGGAAAGAGCAGAAGCGGAAAAGGACGCAAAAUUCGGGAACGCAAUAAACUCCUUUAGAAAAGCGAUGACCGACGUGUUUCCCAGAGCAACGUCGUUCGUCCUGGAAGAACAGCUUCUGCGACGCGUUCGUCAAUUAUACAUGCGGCUGGCCAUAAAUGCGUUAAUUGCAGGUGUGGAUUGCUGCUUUCGGAAAUUUGAACAGGAAAUAGACAGAUACACCAGAAAUAUUGUUUUAAAUUGCUUCAACCAGUUACAAAAAAUAGUUUUAAAAUUUAACACAUGUUCUCCAAGAUUUUCGAAAAACCGGUGGUACGAAAAUUUCAUCUUUGUUUUUUAAAACUGUUUUUUCACAAAAAUUUUUCUGUAAAUUUAGAAUCUUUGACGCCUUGCUCACCUUCCCUCACCCCCAUUAGGAACGCCGUGCAUUGAAGAAACGAAAAAAGAACAUAUGGGAUGAAAGAAAGCGCGCCCCGUUGAUAAAUCUGGGGUCGAUUUACCGUGAGGCCAUCUGUACAAAUACCGGUGGCUGUUACCAGGCUUGUGCGUCAGGCCAGGCGGCCCGGCUUAGGGCUUUAUUUUCAGGAAAAAGCCCGUCUGGGCCCUUUUUACUUCUGAAAUCAUAGUUUUUGUUAUACUUUAAGUGAAAAAAUGAGUAAAAACAUAAUUUUUGUCGUAAAAAAACUUGAUAUUCGACUAGAAAAAAAUUGCGCGCUUCGGGCCGGGCAGGCCAUUUUUUCUUGAGGCCCCUCUAAGGCCGGCCCUCGCACAAGCCUGGCUGUUACCAACACUAAGAAUAACUGCCGAGAUAAACGCGAGACGCUAGCGGUACAUUGACGAGCUCGCAAACAUCUCGCUUUUUUUUCUCGCACUUUUCUAGGCGCGAGCUCGUAUUUCUCUCGCAAUUUGAAAAUUUUCUGAAAUGAAAGAUAAAUGCGAGGUCACGCCUAGAAAAAAAGCGACAUGUUUGCGAGCUCGUCAAUGUACCGCCACUGACCUCGCGUUUAUCUCGUCAGUUAUUCUUACACGGGAAGUGCGAAAGGUCGAGGUAUUGGAAUUCAAUGAAACUUAGUAUAUAGGUACUUCCGAACACCCUGAAUCCAAAGCAGUUGAAAAAAAGUGCGCCUUUUUGGUUCUAUUCGAGUUAUGGCACCUCAAAGUUUGCACGCAAAAAAUGCAUUGGAAGGGAGGAGGGAAUGUGUUGCGGCGGCUAACUCUAGCUGCCAGCAGGCGGCGUGGUGUAGUGGCUAGAGGCCUUGCGCUGUGAAACCUAUGAUGCAGGUUCGGACCCUUUUUGGUGAAAUUUUUUUUUGCCAAUUUUUUUUUUUUGAAAAAUGUGGAAGUUUUGAUGAUGGAGUGAAAGAACAGCUCAAAAUUUUAAAAUUCACCAUUUUAUGCCCAUCUGAGAAAGAAUUUCGACAAAAAUUUUUUUGCUCCAUUUUUCCUUGCCUAACCAUAAGGCUUAUAAUAUGGUCGGAAAAAAAAUUUCACCAAAAAGGGUCCGAACCUGCAUCAUAGGUUUCACAGCGCAAGGCCUCUAGCCACUACACCACGCCGCCUGCUGGCAGCUAGAGUUAGCCGCCGCAACACAUUCCCUCCUCCCUUCUAAUGCAUUUUUUGCGUGCAAACUUUGAGGCGCCAUAACUCGAAUAGAACUAAAAAGGCGCACUUUUUUUCAACUGCUUUGGAUUCAGGGUGUUCGGAAGUACCUAUAUACCAAGUUUCAUUAAAUUCUAAUACCUCGACCUUUCGCACUUCCCGUGUUAGUGAAGGUCCGAGUUCACGGGUGGCUUGGGACAGUAAACGGGCGGUUCAACUUACGCGGCGAUGGUAGAUCAUGGCGGCCACACAUGCACCUUUUAAAAGUGCCUCAUUUGGUGAUUUAUUUCUGUUUCUUUUGAAUUUAUUCUUGUUUAAAUUCACCCCAUUGUUUUUAGAUUUUUUUUUAAUCCACGAAUUAUAUAAGAGAAAAAUGAAUAAGUCAUAAAAUGGGGCUUCUAUUGAAGGCGCAUGUAUGGCCGCCUUGACCUACCUUUGCCGCGAAAAUUAUAGUCUGUUCAGAUUUUGAAUGUCAAGUCGCCGCUCAAGCUCCACCCCUAAUGGCGCGAUAAACCAAUCAGAGAGCGAGCCAUCCACAGAGCGUAUUCAAAUGACGUCAUUCUACUUGACAUUAAAGAUCUGAACGGACUAUAAACCACCCCCGAAAUUUUUCAAGACUCUUUUUCGAAGUGAUUCUGCGAAUUUCAAAACAGCGGUCAGACAGAGCACCCAAAAUUGUGGACUAUAUCGCAGCGAGAGUAAUGCUAUACCGCGGGGGAGCGGGUGAGGAGCGAUUUCAGCCAUUGUGAAUUUACUGUUAUUUCUUUCCUUGCAAUUUAACACACAACAAAAAAGCCCUCAGCUGCUUUUAAGAGCUUUGGGCUGGUACCUGGUAUUGUUUAGCCGGCCUCCGUCCGCGAUGGUUUAUUUUGAAACCGUUGUCGCCACUUCCAUAAUGGAAGGCACAUUUUUUGUCAUCGCGUUAACUGAAUUUUCAGAGAUAAAAGGCUUUCGAAUGCGGAAAAAAGGAUCUAAAUACAGAGGCCGCAUGCAAUAAAGUGGAAAAUGGCAUUUUCAAAAUGGUUUUCCGCCAUUUUUCUGAAACUCGUAAAUUGCUACAAUUAGUCUUUUUUAGACUGAAACUGUUUCUUCUCGAUCAGAAUCUUCAUAUAAAGCCUUAUUACAUCAGAUAAAAUCAAAAUCAAGGAUAUCCUAGCGAGUUUAAUUUUCAGGAAAAUGGCGGAAAAUCAUUUUCCACUUUAUUGCAUUCGGCCUCAGAAUUUGAAUCAAAAAGAGCUCCUCGUAAAGUUAAAUUGUUUCUCCGCAGCCAAAGUGUCUGCGACCUUGAAACAUAUAGUCUGUUCAGAUUUUUAAUGUCAAGCAGCUAACUCAACCCCCAAGGCUACAGUAUCUUUCGCGUCAAUUUUUUAUCUACAGAUGACGAUGUCCCUUUAAUAAGGCUGCAUUUUUGACUUCUUUUUCUAUCUUUUAGAUCAAAAAAGAUCAAAAUUAAUCCCGCGCGAUAAAACAUCGACGCGAAAAGGUACCUUCUCAGCGGGGGCGGAGUUAGCUGGUUGACAUUAAAAAUCUGAACAGGCUAUAAUCGAUUAUUUAUCGCGAAUGCGAUGAAAUUUUGUACACGCUAAGCCUUCUUUUUCUCAAUAUUUUCUCAACAAAAAUUUUAUAUUGCAAUAUAAAAUUUUCGAAACCGAAACGUUCCAAACCUCAAAUAAAUAGUUCCAGUAGUAGUCGAUUGAUUAAUCAAUGAUUAUUUUUUCGUUUCCAAUUUUUAAUCGUACGCUCCAGACGUUCCUUCUGAAGGAAAAAUAAUUAAAAAAAUAGAACUUUUUAAAAAUAUCAAACUGGACUAUUUGAAGCUGUCGUCGAAUCUGCAUGGACUGAUCAGAGCAAGUUCGUUGAAAGCUUCCUGCAAUAAUUUCACCAUUGAAAAAAAACAAGUCGAUUAAAUUAUUCGAAUUCUAAUGUUCUGAUUAGCUAUUUAAAGUUGUCAAGUAAGUUAGGAAAGCUUUAUGCGGUCAGAAAGAACUAACUAGACGGUGCGCUAGAGCUCCGCUCGGCCUUGUCACAACUAAGAAUCCUAGACGCCGAAAGCCGUGACGGCAUUUUCCGCGGGAGUCCCAUCAUCGCUUUGUCAGCAUCGCGCUGCCAACAGUUUGUGCCUCGGCCACUGAAAUGGGCUUCGGCGUGACUUUGCGUAUCCAAUUUGCAAGCAAAGAGGAUCGGCACUCCGGGAGUCCCACGAGCCUAAUCUACUAGCGCUUAUGGCGCGUUCAGGAGCAAAACGCGAAAUUUUUCGAAAUUCAAAAGAGCGUUCACGGCGAUACUUCGAAAUUAGCGAAUUUCGAUUUUUGAGAUAAUUUUGAGAAAUUUCAAAAAAUAGCGAGAAAAUUGGUUUCGCGCGAAAUGGGUUACGGUAUAUUGACAUUUUGUGUGCCAAACGCAGUUUUUUUCUCUUUUUUUCUUUUUUUCAGAUAAUUUUUUUCUUUUUAUUUUUUUCAAUUUUUCAACCCGUUCAAAGUUAUUGAUUUUAGAAAUAGUACGAAUGAAAGCCUUAAGUUAAUUUUUUUCGACUGUCUGAACUUAAAAAAAGUUCAAUUUUACUCAAAUUUCUUUAUUUAUCGUUUUUUUAUUUUUCCAACGGAUGUAUCAGAGUGUUUAAAGUUGCAGGUCUCUAAACUAUGGCGGGUAUUGGAUUACCGAAAGUGCUAAAGUUGAAAAAAAGGUUAAUUUUUCAUUCAAAAAAACUUUUUUUCGCAAUUAUUUUUUUUACAAUUUUUUUGAUUCUUUUCACAAAAAAUUUAGACUCGUUAGGGAGGCACGAGCGGCUCGUGUGAAGGUAACGCAAAAAUUUUUCGUCUCUACAGUCAAGCAUAAAUCCGUGAUUUUCGACGCAACGGUCAAGAAGGAAAUAGAAGGUUUUUAUUUAUACAAUUUUCAAUAACUGGUUCAUUUCAUUAAAAGAAAAGUAUUGAAUUUUUUUUCAGCUCAUUCGAACAAGACAUUGUUGUGGCCAGCCGGAUAA